AUGUCGGGAAUCGUGUCGUGUGCCAAGGAUACACAGCUUCAUAGCUUUCCACGGCUGGAGCAGCUUGCCAGCAGUGUCCAUGUCGGAAAUAAUGGUUCUCACUGCCAGUUUUUUGGUUCCUCGAAACUGUUCGUGCGGGCCAACAAAGACUGGGCCAUCGAGCUGUUGCGUAUUAAACCGCACGCGGAUCACCAGCCGGAUGGAGGUGAUAAAAUGGGAGAUAGUGGUCGCACGAUUGCAAACGUGAAGAAGAUCAUGAUCGACAAUCUGUACUGUGUUGCCUGCCCGAAGACCGCUGGCAAGGAGGAGAUUGCAGUCGGCUUGACGACCGGUACGGUACGGUUGAUGAAUUACAAGAAGGCCAACUUCACGAAGCGGUUCGAUACCGAUAGGAUCACCAUCGGGGUCACAUUUAUGGACUUUAAUGCAACGGACGAUUUUUUGGCCACCGUGUAUGAGAAUGGGCUCGUGAAUAUGUAUGGCAUGAAGACAAGUUCGAAGCUGCAUACGUUGGCAUUCGAUAAAAACACCGUAAAAGUACGGUUUCAUCCCACAAAGAGAUUCUCCAUGGCUGUAGCCUCCUACAAAGGUGCCGUGCUGCUGUAUGACACUCAAGCGAAGAAAACACUCUUCUCCCAAAACGCUGCUCAUGCCGCACCGUGUCGCGACGUAGCGAUGGUUGAAUCGCAUCCCGAUUACCUGUUCUCAGUAGGCUAUGAUAACGUGAUUAAUAUUUUCGAUACUCGUAGAAAGGAAACCGCUUCACAGAUUCAGUCAAACUAUCCCUUCGAAUCGCUGGCGAUCGCAGAAGAUGGCGUCCACUUUGCCGUGGGCAAUCUAAAAGGAUACGUGUACGGGUACGACAUGCGCAACUUGAAGGAUCCGCUAAAUAUGCAGAAGAUUCACCAAAGCUGUGUCAACAGCAUUGCAUUUGUACCGCAAUCUCGUGAAGGAUCAAAUCGGCGGAGCAUGAUCGAGUUGGAUGAAUCGAGAAAGGCGACCAAAAGCAUUCGGAUCAGUGAAGGUGGCCAAACCAAUCAGCGUACUGAUCGGCUAACGCAGAACGACCCUCAAGUCCGCAUGAGUGGAACAGACCAGCAUGAUAGUUUUAUAGGAGAGAUCGAUCUAUUUUUGCAGCGCCGAGAUGCACCGAUGGAUUGUCUGUCCCGGUUGAGCACAUCAUCCCGGCUGAGCACGGAAUCGCGCAACAGCAUGCAGAUGGGAGGAAACAAUUUGAUGGGCUUUCUGGAUGAAUUAUCCGACUGUAAUAUUGAGCUAGAAACGGCCGAAUCAGAGGAGCAAGCAGCCUCCGAUACAACACCAGGCGUGGAUGAUAGUUUCGUAAAUGUGAACCGUUUGCUUAAACGUGUUAACGGUGAUCGUAUGUUUAAGAAAGCCCAUGGUAUGGCCGAUAAUUUGGAAAACAUUCACGAAGAAGGUUCAGAUUUUGGAGACGGGACGAGUGAAGAGACACCGAGCAGGAACAGUGAUCCUCCGGGGAGCAAUAGCAACAUCGCCCAAAACAAUACACCGCGAAUUCUGGCUGAAAGUCAACAGGAGAACACAGUCGCUUCGCUAACUGAUAUGAAAAGAAUCGUUUCGAGCGAAACGGAACCGGUCGUUGAAAGUAAGUUGGAUAAGGAAAAUCGAUCACGUCUGUCGGUAGGGAGCAUCAAGCAGGAACAGCACACUCCGACGGUGGCAUCCACUGCACAAAUACCCACUGUUAGCACGGUGGAAAAGCGAAAAGACUCUGCAAUGUCGGUCCAGCAUUGGGAGGAAUCAUCUGUUCGUGAAGAUAUUGCCGAUCUUCGCAAAGCAAUGAUGGAACAGUUUGAGCAGUGCACGUUGCGCCAGUUAGAUGCUGAGCAAGCCAUGAGAAGCCAUUUGUGGAUGUGUAUGUUUAAUCUGUGGCGUGAAACACAAAGCAAGCUGGAAUCGUUGGAACAGUACGUUAGUACCGGGUUGGGACUGUUGCUGCCGAGAGACGAAUUUGCGCAACAGUUUCUCAGUAUGCGGGCAGAGAACGAAUCUAUGAAGGCACGGUUGAAACAGCUAGAGGAGGAAGGUAAUGGAAAGCGAGCGUAA